UAAUAUAAGCCUCUGUACCAAAACGUUCUGGUUACCUUCUCCACUUUGAUCCGUUUAGGGUUUAAGACGUUAAACCCAGAAACCUUACAUCGGAGCCCAAAAUGGCGAAUUCAAUGGCUACGCUUUCUAGAAGACUCUACCGAUCUCUCCUAUACCACCCCAGAUUCUCUCAAUCUCUCAGAUCUCUCUGCACCAACAACAACGUCGACGAGUUAUCAUCCUCCAUCUCAGACACUGAAUCACCCCAUGAACCAAACGCUUCAGAUCCGAACCAUCGAUUCUCCGGAGAAGAUCGCGUGAUGGAGGAGGGUCCUCUCGAGAACGGCCUCGACGCUGGCAUUUUCAAGGCGAUUUUGGUGGGGCAAGUGGGGCAGCUACCUCUGCAGAAGAAGCUGAAGAGUGGCAGAACGGUUACUCUCUUCUCUGUGGGAACCGGUGGGAUUAGGAAUAACCGGAGACCGUUGAUUAACGAAGACCCCAGAGAGUAUGCGAACCGUUCUGCUGUGCAGUGGCACCGUGUCUCUGUUUACCCUGAACGUUUGGCUGAUCUUGUGUUAAAGAACGUUGAACCAGGCACCAUUGUCUACUUGGAGGGUAAUCUGGAGACGAAGAUUUUCACUGAUCCAGUCACUGGUUUGGUUCGACGAAUUAGAGAAGUCGCUAUUCGUAGAAACGGCCGAGUUGUGUUCUUAGGAAAAGCUGGUGAUAUGCAGCAGCCAAGUUCUUCUGAGCUUAGAGGCGUUGGCUAUUACUGAUUUGUUAACAAACAAGUUCUCAUCAAGAUAUACAGUUCGGUAUUGUAGCUUUUCUCUUCAAUUGUCAGUAGCCCUUUUACAUUGUUUUGCUUAGUUGGUGGCAAAUAAACCGAACCAAUACAUUUGAGAUUAA